UCUCUUCCUCUAGUUUGCAAGUCAUGUGCUCUCCGACGAUUUUCCAUCCAGCCUGCCCAGCAAAAGAAGAUUCCAAACCGGUAUUUGGGCCAGCCCAGCCCCUUCACACACCCACACCUUCUCAAACCAGGAGAGGUAACUCCAGGAUUGUCACAGGUGGAGUAUGCUCUUCGCCGACACAAACUGAUGACAUUGAUCCAGAAAGAAAGCCGUGACUGGGAUGGAUUGGACCACACAGUGAUUCUGUUAUCCAACCCCACGUACUACAUGAGCAAUGACAUCCCCUACGUUUUCCACCAGGACACUAACUUCCUGUACCUCUGUGGGUUCCAGGAGCCUGACAGCAUCCUGGUGCUGCAGAGCAUUCCUGGUAAAGCACUGCCCUCCCACAAAUCCAUACUUUUUGUGCCCCGGAGAGAUCCAAGCCGAGAGCUGUGGGACGGGCCCAGAUCAGGCACGGAUGGGGCAAUUGCUCUCACAGGAGUAGAUGAAGCUUACACCGUCGAGGAGUUCAGGCACUUGGUGGCCAAGCUGAAAGGUGAGUCAAACAUUGUUUGGUAUGACUUGAGAAAGCCAGUGCAUACGGAGCUGCACUCUGACUACAUGCAGCCCCUGGCUGAGAUAAAAGCUCGGAACAGAAACCACAUCCAGGGCAUCCGACAUCUAGUGCAAAACCUUCGGCUGAUCAAAUCUCCUGCAGAGAUUGAAAGGAUGAAGAUAGCUGGAAGGGUGACAGCAGAGGCUUUCACAGAGACAAUGUUUGCCAGCAGAUCCCCAGUGGAUGAAGCCUUUCUGUACGCAAAGUUUGAAUUUGAGUGCCGGGCUCGUGGUGCUGACAUCUUGGCAUAUCCCCCUGUUGUUGCUGGUGGCAACAGAUCAAACACUUUGCACUAUGUGAAGAACAAUCAGCUCAUCAAGGAUGGCGAACUGGUCUUGCUAGAUGGUGGCUGUGAGUCUUCCUGCUAUGUAAGUGACAUCACACGUACCUGGCCCGUCAACGGAAGGUUCACCAAACCUCAAGCAGAACUAUACCAGGCUGUUCUGGAUAUCCAGAAGUCCUGCCUGAGCCUCUGCUCCCCAGGCAUGAGUCUAGAAAAUAUCUACAGCCUUAUGCUGAGCCUUAUUGGACAGAAACUGAAAGACUUGGGCGUCCUAAAGAGCGGCAUCACUGAGAGCAACUUCUUCAAGGCUGUUCGAAAGUACUGCCCACAUCAUGUGGGGCAUUACCUGGGCAUGGAUGUUCAUGAUACUCCGGAUAUAUCCCGGUCACUCCCGCUCCAGCCAGGCAUGGUGAUAACCAUUGAACCAGGUAUUUAUAUCCCUGAGGAUGACAUGAGUGCCCCGGAGAGGUUUCGUGGCAUUGGUGUGCGCAUUGAGGAUGAUGUUGUGAUAACAGAGGAUGCGCCUCUCAUCUUGUCUGCUGACUGUCCCAAGGAGAUCUACGACAUCGAGCAGAUCUGUGGCCGCAGCUCAUGAUGCCCCUUCUCUGCCUCUUUCAUCCUCCUUGGGAGACGCAGCCCUCCAGGGAUGUGGAUCCCUGCAGCUGGCUGUACUUGACAAGUGAUGGACAACAGUUGCUGGACAGUUGGUGGUGGCUGUUUCCAAGACUGUGGUUGGGGAGUGGAUUGCAAGAGGCUUGGGUUUUGAGGAAUGAAAAAAAACCAAACAAACUUUUUCCGUGUGCAUUUUCCUUCUGAUUUGAUUAGUGCUGAUGUUGAGCUGUUGUAGGAC